CGAGAAAUUGUCGAACAAAUUGGCUGCAGUAUUUCAAUGAGGCGCCACCUGACUGCUGCUAAAAAGAGUUUGCCGCACUUUGGUCCACAUACACUUCCGUCAAAAGGAACUCCAAAACACCGGAAUAUCAGAAAGGUCUGCUCCGGUGGACAAGAAUCAGUCCAGCUCUGUUUGGACUGCUGUUCCGUGAACGCAGCACGAUGCUCCUCAUCCCUCCCUCCUCCCACGGAGGAACAAAACCGACACAUGAGCUUUGCGUGAGGAGGAGGAGAGAGAGAGAGAGAGAGAGAAUCCCAGCAGCAUGAGGAUCAACCAGCGCGCUCCAGUUCCACUCCUCUGACAGGCGGAGCGGCGCGCUCCUUUUACGCACAGCCAAGAGCGCUGCGGGCCAUUGGAAGAGCACUCCACUCCACUCCACUCCACUCCACUACACUUCGUUUCACUUCACUCGAGCGGAGCGAGCAGAAGCCCCCGUCACAGGAUACCUGCCCGGGAACACCUGAUUUUGAAGCAAUGUCCCCCCACGGGAAGGCGGGGAUUGUCGCGUAAAAGCAUUACGCGGCCAACUUUUCCCCCCCACUUCUUUUCACUCCAAAAGCUUUCACGGAGUUGUGCGCGCGUCAGCGGAGACACGCUCUGAGACUUUCCCCCCUGCGUGUUUACUGGUGAAAGCAUCCACGCUGACUGGAGGCAGGACUGAACAGGGGGGCCCAGCUUGUGCAAGUGUGGAGGGCCGAGGCCAGAGUCCUGCCCCAGGAAGCCAGGAGGAGGCGCCUCCAGCCGGCCAGGCCCAGAUGGAUUCUUCAAGCCAUCUCCAUGCUCUGAGGAGACAGCCAGCUGGGAAGUUCUUCCCGCUGUGACGGCAGGGCGUGAAAAGAUGACACGCGGCGGCGGACGGACCAUGACGCCGCGUGUGACGCCGGCCUCUGACCUUUCGGGCGCGCGUCUCCGCGGGACAUCUGGUGGGAGACCAUGGAGGAGUCGGAGGAAGGGGAGACAAGAGACGACUUCUGUGAUGUCAGCAAAGGUGCUGCUGUGGGUGCUCCUGUCGGUGCUGCCGCUGGUCGACGGAGCGCGCAUGAAAGUGGACAUGGGUUCCUCUGGUGUGGGAGCGGACUCGGGCCACAUGGCGGGCCUCCUCGGAGGCCAGGAUGGACUAGAACUUCCUGUGACGCUGCCGGACAUGAUGGAAGAUGAGGAGCAGGGAGACGACAGUCAUCCUUACUCUCCUUGGCAUUCUCUUUAUGACCCUUUUGUUAUCGAUGAAGUGGACGAUCAUCCCAGCACUCGCUGGGCAGGCCGCACGCCACGUUCCUCGGACCCCGGCCAAUCGCAACCUAAAGGCUCUCCCAGGAAAAAGAAGAAGAGGAAGAAGAAAGAAAAGCAAGAAGUAGCCGAGGACGCGGGACGAGGUAAAAACAGAAAGGCAAAGCACAGCAGCAGGGACUGCCGGGUAGAAAAGCGAGAGAUGAAGGUGCGGGACCUGGGACUCGGGUUCGACUCGGACGAGAUCGUCCUCUUCAAGUUUUGCGUGGGCACCUGUCAGUCUUCCAGGACGAACUACGACCUGGCGCUGAAAGCGCUCCUGGAGAACGGCUCGCUCCCGCGACGCACUUCCCGCAAGGUCAGCAGCCACCCUUGUUGCCGACCCGACCGCUACGAGCCUGUGUCCUUCAUGGACGCCCAGACCACAUGGAGGACCAUCCAGUCCCUAUCCGCUGCCAGCUGCACCUGCAUGGGCUGAAGGAGCUACCAGAAGAUACAGGAAGUGAUUGGUUUUCUCUUUUUGGGCGCAGCCAAGGACCAGGGGGUGGGGCCUGAGAGGAGGUCAUCACGGAGCCACAGUGUGGAAUCAUUGUUACGUCCUCAAAGAGAACACUUGUUUCUGUGGACUAGGUGAACGUGUGACUGCUUCGCGUCACCUCGCGUGACACCCAGAGUGUCGACUCUGUGUUUAUCUUGGAAAAGCAGCAAACAGACUGCUAAACGUUCAAUAUUUACUACUCACGCUGAUGCCAGCUCUUCCCAGAAGUUCAAUAACAAGUAAAUGGGUUCAACGUUCAAGUGAGCCCAGCCAAAUGGAUGCCAUGCAUCUUCACGUAUUACUGUAUAAAAGUAAAAUAUAUUUAUUUCUGAUAAGUUAUUUAUUUAUUAUAGCUUCGUAUGAGAGCUGCUCCAGUCAACUCUGUAUCGUGGAUGUAUAUCUAUUUAUUGCCAAAUGUCUGCUCCCAUACGCUACAUGUACACACUACAUGAAGUCUGUUUCAGCCUGGUCAUGAAGCGCCUCAAAAAACUCAGACCGAGCACCUGAUACGGAACCUUCAUUCUGCUUCUAUUCUAGAGAGAACCAAAAACACCUUGAUAGAGUUUGAAAAUUCACCACAAACUGACGUCCAGUGGAUUGACAUUGUGUGCAUAAUAAAUAUAUUUACUUUACAG